AUUGGAGUUUUAAACAUCUUGUGUUUUUUUUUUCCUCUCUUUUUCCUUUUACACAUUUCACCAUAAAACCCAAAAUCCAUCCAGGAUUUUUUUGUAACGUAACGCCAUUCACCGUAAAAAUAAAAAAUAAAAAAGUAUUAAAAUAAUUAUCACAGACUCGUAGAGUUUAGCCAUGUGAGCCCGCCAAGCCAAAGACUCUCUUUCUCUCUCUCUUACACACACACACACACACUCUUUCUAUCUCUCAAUGUACAUUGUCUCACUUCCACGCAGUAUAAAUAUGGGACAUAAACCACAAGCUUUUUCCACCACCACUGCUGUUUCUCUCCUCUUAGACAAGUGUUUUGGUUUUUUUGGGGUCCAAAGUCCAAAAUGGGGCUGCGGGUCCAACAAGCCCUGUUUCUUCUGUUUCUUCUCAAGGUUAUGGUAUUGUUUGUGGAAGAAGCAAAAGCAGAGCAUGUUUUCUACAACGUGAGUAGAUAUAAUGGAAGAAAGCAAUUGAAUGGUUGUAAUUUGUUUCAAGGAAAAUGGGUUUUUGACCCUUCUUAUCCUCUCUACGAUUCCUCUUGUCCCUUUAUAGAUCCUGAGUUUGAUUGCCAAAAGUAUGGUAGACCAGAUAAACAGUAUCUUAAGUACGCCUGGAAACCUGACUCUUGUGACUUGCCCAGGUUUGAUGGGGUAAAUUUUCUAACGAAGUGGAGAGGUAAGAAGAUAAUGUUUGUGGGUGACUCACUGAGUUUGAACAUGUGGGAAUCGUUGGUGUGUAUUAUUCACUCGUCGGUGCCGAAUGUGAAGACAAAUUUCGUGAGAAGGACUCCUCUAUCGUAUGUGACCUUCCAGGACUAUGGAGUAACUUUGUUCCUCUACCGUACACCAUAUCUCGUGGAUCUUGUGAAAGAAUCCGUGGGGGUAGUACUGAGGCUAGAUUCCAUUGAGGAUGGCAAUGCUUGGAAAGGAAUGGACGUUCUCAUCUUCAAUUCCUGGCAUUGGUGGCUCCACAAAGGAAAAUCUCAGCCAUGGGACUAUUUGCGAGAGGGGACCAAAUUGUACAAAGAUAUGGACAGGCUUACCGCAUUUUUUAAAGGAAUGAGUACAUGGGCGAGAUGGGUUGACCUCAAUGUUGACCCUUCAACAACUAAAGUAUUCUUCCAAGGAAUAUCUCCCACCCAUUAUCAGGGACGGGAAUGGAACCAGCCAAAGAAGAGCUGCAAUGGAGAACUUGCACCAUUAUCUGGAUCAAUAUACCCAGCCGGAGCACCGCCAGAAACCUCCAUAGUUAGCAAAGUGCUGAGUAGUAUCCAGAAACCAGUUUAUCUGCUCGAUAUCACCACACUGUCACAGCUGAGGAAAGAUGCUCAUCCAUCAUCAUACAGUGGGGACCAUUCAGGCAAUGACUGCAGCCAUUGGUGUCUUCCAGGUUUGCCUGACACUUGGAACCAGCUCUUAUAUGCAGCACUUCUUUGAAGUUCAACCACAAGACCACAACAUCUUCUGUCAUUUAUGUACAAUAAUUGUCUGUAUACUAGCUCAGAGACUCAAAGAAAAUCUCUCAUUCACUUCCAUUGGUAGGAUGUAUAAUAAUAAAACAGUGGAAAGAAAACCAACUGUAAAGUGAUUGAUUAUAAUUAACCAAAAUGAUGUAUUGGGAAUUGACAGAUAGGAACCCAUUUAUCUACAAUGCAAAGGCAUUGUAAUUGUGAUUUCAGUAACCACUAGGUGGUGUAAGGAUUUAGUUCAAAAUAAACUUGGCUCAUCUUAUCCUAGUUGAAACUAUUGUGUAAGUCCCUUUAUUUUUCUAGCAGUGUUGAUAAUAAAACAAUGUUCCCCCUCUUCAAUGUUCA